AAAGUGGACAUGAUAGUCAUUCAGGAACUCCCUUCCAGAUGGUAACUAUCAUUCUACAAGACUUCUUCCAGAUAGACAAGUUAGUUGUCCGAGAACAUAUUUCCGAGAGACAGAUAACUUUCUAAGAAUAACUUUUAGAGACCUUUUUAUUUGAAAGAACUAUACCACACUACUCAUUCAUAUGUGAUACUCAAUAAUAGGCAUGCCUAUUUAUUUUCUUAGGGCUGAAUUUUUUUCGAACAAAUGUUUAUCUACUAUUUUUUUAUAACCAAGUGUUUAUUUACUUGUGAAACAAAAUUUUAUGAUACAUACUUACUUCCCGAAAAAUGUAAAAGAACAACUGCAGUUAUUUGUUUUGAGAAACUAAACUCAAAUACAAUUCAACUUUAAAAUCUACAAAGCUAAAAAGAAACAACCACUGUCUUCACCAUUUGUCUCUACCGAAAUCACUUUAACCAAAAUCAUUGAAUAACAUUCUCUUCUUCUAUUCACAGUGAAGAGUGAGUGUGCAUCAUCACACUCUUUGCCCUCUCAGCCCAUUUCUAAUUUGCCCUCCAUCGCCUUCCCCAUGUCCAGUAAUCCAUUAUUGCGUUUUCACACUUAAGGAUUGUCAACAAUAUACUUUUACAAGUUUUUGAAUAGUAAACCAAACAGCCACAUCUCAAAAAUGGGUCCCCCAAAGUGGAAGAAUAUCUUUAUAAUGCGCCACUAUUUUGCAUCUUCUUCUUCUUGUUCAAUCGGAUCCAACAGUAGGGGCAUCUCUUUAACCGUUGAUGCUGUUGUUACAGGUUUGAGUAGUUCAACUAUCAAACCCACAAAUUUUUUUCCCAGUGUUACAAUUUUUCCAUAUUCAUGCUUCGGUUUAGUUCGCCUAUGGAGUUCCUCCAAUGCUUUGGUUGCGUUUAGGGUCCCUAAGCGCUUGUAUUGUUCCGAAGUAGUUAGAUUGGAUGAGUCUUUUAUUUCUGAUCAUACUGAUCUUGAUGUGAAUGGUGAAGAAAGCAAUGUAGAAAAGUUAUAUAGGACUAUUAUGGAUAAUUCUUAUGCAUACUCUAACAUGGAGGAAGCUUUGGACCAUGUUGGUGUUGGUUUGUCCACUGAAUUGGUUGCCGAGAUUCUCCAAAGGCUUCGUUUUGAGGAGAAAUUAGCAUUUAGAUUUUUCACUUGGGCUGGUCACCAAGAAAAUUAUGCUCAUGAACCUUGUGUGUUUAAUGAAAUGAUUGAUAUACUGUCUACUACAAAAUACAAGAUAAAACAGUUUCAAAUUGUUUGUGAGAUGCUGGAUUAUAUGAAAAGGCAUAACAAGAACACUGUUCCUGUUGAGGUUCUCUUGACAAUUUUGAGACAGUAUUGUGAAAAGUAUUUGACCCAUGUGCAGAAAUUCGCAAAGAAGAAGAGGAUUAGAGUGAAAACGCAGCCGGAGGUCAAUGCCUUUAACUUGCUACUUGAUGCUUUAUGCAAAUGCAGUUUGGUUGUGGAUGCUGAAGGGAUGUUUAAGAGAGUAAAGAGAAAAGUUAAGCCUGAUGCUAAUACCUAUAACAUUUUGUUUUUCGGGUGGUGUAGAGUUCGAAAGCCAAAAAGAGCGAUGAAGGUACUAGAAGAAAUGAUUGAAAUGGGUCUUACACCUGAUAAUUUUACAUAUAGUGCUGCCAUUGAUUCAUUCUGCAGAGCAGGGAUGGUAACUGAUGCAGUUGAGCUUUUCGAGUUCAUGAGAACAAGUGGUUCUACCCUGUCUUCUCCCACUGCCAAAAAUUAUGUGAUCAUGAUUGUGGCUCUUAUCAAGAAUGAUAGAAUGGAAGAGUGCUUCAAAUUUCUGGAACAUAUGAUAAGUAGUGGUUGCCUUCCUGAUGUUACAACGUACAAGGAGUUAAUUGAAGGAAUGUGUUUGGCUGGAAAAGUUGACGUGGCUUACAAGUUCCUUCAACAGAUGGGGAGCAAAGGCUACCCUCCUGACAUUGUGACUUACAAUUGUUUUCUUAAGGUCCUAUGUGACAAUAAACACAGUGAUGAAGCACUUAAACUCUUUGGUAUAAUGGUUGAGGCAGGUUGUAUGCCGAGUGUGCAGACAUAUAAUAUGUUGAUUUCCAUGUUUUUUGAGAUGGGUGAUCCAGAUAGGGCAACUGAUACUUGGAAAAAAAUGGAUAAAAAUGGCUGUGCUCAAGAUAUUGAUUCUUACUGUGUGAUGAUUGAAGGGCUUUUUGGUUGCAAUAAAGUUGAAGAAGCAUGUUGUCUAUUGGAAGAAGUGGUAAACAGGAGAAUCAAAUUGCCUUAUAGGAAGUUUGAUAUUUUUCUGACACAACUUUCUAACCUUGGCGAUUUACGAGCAAUCCAUAGGCUUUCAGAGCAUAUGAGACAAUUCUACAACCCUGCUAUGGCUAGGCGUUUUGCACUGAAUGAGAAGCGAAAAAACACGAGUUUGAGAGGGAAGUAGUAAUGAGUGCUUUGGUUGUUCAAUUCCCACAUGUUAAUGCAGUCUAGGGAGCUUUGAUUUGAAAGCAUUAAUGGUUCAUCACCCUUUCUCAUUCAGGGAGCUUCUGAAAUAUGUGCACGAAUUCAUUCGAGCGGUCUGCACAAAGGUAUAAAGUUUAACUUUGCGACUCCCAUGAUUUAUCUUGCUCAUUUUUCUGUUGUUGAAUCUCAGAGAUGUUCUCUGAUCUAAUUUCAGUUUUAAACAUCCUAUUUUAGUUCAAAUAUAUAACAUAAUUACAUAACAAAAAAGAACAUUUUUAUUUGUUUUUACUUUCUUCAUUGAAGAUGCUGCAGGUGUGAAUGUGAUCUGUUGAUAUAUUCAUGUACAAAAUCCUCUUUAGUGGUGGAUGAAACCUGAUUUUCCCAAGAUUAAUGUCGACAGUGCUAUUUUCGACAGGCAGUGUAGACAUGGUUUCGGGUUUGUGGCCAAGAAUUCAGUUGGUAGUUUGGCUGAGGCCGUGCAGCAGAGCUGGCGUGGGAAGUUGCAGCCCGAUAUGAUUGAAGCAGUAGGACUCAAAGAAGCUUUGAGUUAACUUUAUGAACUCUGUAAUGUGUCUUUAAAUUUUGUUAAAUAAUCUACAAUCAAAGUUGCUCAUUCUCUUGCUAAAGCUUAUUGUGAUGCCGAUUGUAUUUUUAGUUGGAGUCUUGGUCCUACUAGUUUGUUAUCCUUGAUUUUGGGUGAGCUUGAGUUAUUGAAAUUGCAAUUUCCUAUUUAAAAAAAGUUCAACCUAUAAUUUUUGUGAUGAUUUUGUAAGGUGAGACUAGUUUGGUCCAAGAAAAUAUGAGAUGUAAUAGUGACACUUUUAGCAAUAGAGACUUAAAUUCUACCA